AUGGCCAGCCUCAAGAGAUCUCUCGAGUCAGACCCGUUGGCGGCCAACAUCUCGAGCAAAGUGUAUGUGAGAUCGACUAAGAGCGGCAAGGUCCAGAAGAUUGUCCGCGAAGUCUACCUGCGGACAGACAUUCCUUGCUCAUCCAAGUUGUGCAAGUCCUGCAUCACGGGCGCGCCCAGAGAUGCCCAAGGCCGAAUCGCUCCGUUCGUGCUGUCCGACCAGCCCGCCGGUACUAAGGCCUUCCCCCAGGGCCAUUACCUGGUGCCGGAUACCAAUGCCUUCCUGACAGCCAUGGACCUGUUCGAGUCGAGUGCGGCCUUCUACGACGUCAUCGUCCUGCAGGUUGUCCUGGAGGAGCUGCGCAACCGCUCCCUGCCGCUGUACAACCGCCUCAUCAAUCUGACAAAGAGCGAGGAUAAGCGUUUUUAUGUCUUCUUCAACGAGUUCCGCUUCGAAACCCAUGUCGCCCGCCUGGAGGGCGAGUCUGUCAAUGACCGCAACGACCGUGCCGUUCGGAAGGCUGUCGCUUGGUACGCGGAGCAUCUUAAGAAGACUGGGAAGAAGAAUGUCCCGGCUGUGGUUAUGCUAAGCAAUGACCGGGCGAACCUGCGGAAGGCGAAGGAGGAGGGCAUCCAUGCUUGCUCGCUGGCCGAGUAUGUCAGCCAGUUGCCGGACGGCGACGCUCUUCUCGACAUGGUCCCUGCUACUGAGGAGGAGGAGACAAUCAAGGAGAAGCGUCCUAAUGAGAUGCUCUAUCCUGAGUACUACUCCAUGUCAAAGAUGAUGACUGGUAUCAAAAACGGCCUGCUGCACCAGGGCAUUUUCAACGUCUCGCCAUACAACUACCUGGAGGGCUCUAUCCGUGUUCCAGCUUUUCAGAAGCCGUUGCUCAUCUUGGGCCGCGAGAACAUCAACCGCGCUAUCGAUGGCGAUCUGGUUGUCGUGGAGGUGCUGCCUAAGGAUCAGUGGAAGGAGCCGUCAACGCAAGUUAUUGAGGAGGAGGCCAUCACGAAGAACGAGAACCCUGAUGCCGAAGAGAGCACCGAUCUCGUGUCGGAGAAGGAGCGCAAGGCGCUGCAGGAAGAGGUUAAGCGGAUGCACAGCAAAACGACUGAGGGUCACCCGCAGCCCACAGCCCGCGUAGUCGGCGUCAUUAAGCGCAACUGGCGCCAGUAUGUUGGACAUAUUGACCAGUCGUCCAUCAGCCAGUCAGCACAGCAAGGGCGCAAACAGGACAGCGUCUUCGUUAUUCCCAUGGAUAGGAGGAUUCCCAAGAUCCGCUUGCGCACUCGCCAGGUCGCCGAAUUGGUUGGCAAGCGGAUUCUUGUGGCCAUCGAUGCCUGGGACCGCAGCUCGCGCCAUCCCACUGGCCACUUGAUCCGGUCACUUGGUGAGAUGGAAACCAAUGCUGCCGAAACGGAGGCAUUGCUUCUCGAGUACGACGUCCAGUACCGGCCGUUCCCCAAGACUGUGCUUGACUGCCUUCCAAAGGAGGGUCACGACUGGAGAGUGCCUGAGGACAAAAACGAUCCUGGAUGGAGGGAUAGAGAGGACCUGCGGCAUCUGCUUAUUUGUAGCAUCGAUCCUAUUGGUUGCCAGGAUAUCGACGAUGCGCUGCACUCAAGGCCGUUGCCCAACGGCAACUUCGAGGUUGGCGUGCACAUCGCCGAUGUGUCGCACUUUGUCCGGCCUAAUAAUGCCAUGGAUCUGGAGGCCAGCAUCCGUGGUACUACUGUUUAUCUGGUCGACAAGCGUAUCGACAUGCUUCCGACCCUGCUAGGUACCGACCUGUGCUCGCUGAAGCCUUACGUGGAGCGCUAUGCUUUCUCGGUCCUCUGGGAGCUGACACCGGACGCCGAUAUCGUGAGCGUUCGGUUCACCAAGUCAGUCAUCAAGUCCCGGGAAGCCUUCAGCUACGAACAAGCCCAGAUGCGCGUCGACGACGGGUCAUACCAGGACGAUCUCACCAAGAGCAUCCGCACGCUGCUGGCUCUUUCCCGCAAGCUGAAGCAAAAGCGCAUGGACGCCGGCGCGUUGAGCCUCUCUUCCCCCGAAGUCAAGAUCCACAUGGAGUCUGAAACCUCCGAUCCCAUCGAUAUCAAGACAAAGAAACACCUCCCAACCAUGUCCCUCGUAGAAGAAUUCAUGCUUCUCGCCAACAUCAGCGUCGCGCGCAAGAUAUACGAAGCCUUCCCCCAAACAGCCAUCCUCCGUCGCCACGCCGCGCCGCCCAAAACCAACUUCGACGAGCUCGCCAACCAGCUCCGUGUGAAACGCGGCCUCGAGCUCUCCGUCGAAUCCUCUAAGGCGCUCGCCGACUCCCUCGACCGCUGCGUCGACCCCAACGAGCCCUUCUUCAACACCCUCGUGCGCAUCAUGGCCACGCGGUGCAUGAUGGCUGCUGAGUACUUCUGCUCAGGCACGCAAGCCUACCCGGAGUUUAGGCACUACGGUCUAGCGAGCGAGAUUUACACCCACUUCACGUCACCCAUCCGUCGGUAUGCGGAUCUUGUUGCCCAUCGGCAACUGGCUGCUGCCAUUGGGUAUGAGGCGAUCGAUCCUAGUGUGCGGAGUAGGGGAAGGUUGGAGGCUGUGUGCAAGAAUAUCAAUGUAAGGCAUCGGAAUGCGCAGUUGGCGGGUCGGGCUAGCAUUGCCUACUAUGUUGGCCAGGCACUUAAGGGCAAGGCAGAAGAGGAGGAUGGGUUUGUCAUGAAGAUAUUUAGCAAUGGGUUUGUGGUGCUAGUGCCGAGGUUUGGUAUUGAAGGGUUGAUUCGGCUUAGGGAUCUCGCGGAGCCGGAGCCCCAGGCGGAGUAUGAUGCCGAGAAUUAUGUGCUGAAGACGAAGGGGAGCAGGGAGGUUACUGUUGAGUUGUUCCAGAAGGUUAGGGUGAGGGUGUCGGACCAGAAGGAUGAGGCUACAGGGAAGAGGGGAGUUAAGAUGGAGUUGGUGAAGACAUACUAG